AUGGUCAGCUUUUCCAACAUCUGCAUGGCUUUUGCCGCUGCCGCCGGAACUCGUGCAGUUCCCGCAACUGCCAACCACGGACCCCUUACUCUCUUCACCGAGCUGAAGCAGCAGCCUUCCAUGUGGAAGUCGGAAGGUGCUGCGGACAAGGGCGUGAUGAUCACGGCUCAAAUCGGUCUCAAGCAGAGCAAUAUUCCUGGCCUCCAGGCAAAGCUCCUCGACGUUUCCAACCCCGAAAGCCCCAACUACGGCAAGUGGCUUUCGCAGGAGGAAAUCGCUGCUUUCACAGCUCCUGCGGCCGGCAAUGUCGAGGCUGUCAAGGCUUGGCUCGCUGCCAAUGACAUCAUGGAGACGACUCAGCCUACCAACGACUGGAUUGAAUUCACCGUUCCUAUUCACCAGAUGGAGACGCUUCUUGACGCCGACUACCAGUGGUUCGCCCACAUUACCUCUGAUAUCAAGGUCCCUCGCACUACCAAGUAUUCCAUCCCUCAGGGCCUCCACUCCGUGAUUGACAUGAUCACGCCUACCACCGCUUUCUACAACAACAUGGGAGCACAUGCCCAAGAGAUCCAGAUGAGCGCCAACACCAUCCACAGUCGCGCCAGCGGCUGCAAGGGCGACGGUUCAAUCCAACCAAGCUGCAUCAACUCAAUCUACAAUAUAGACUACACCAGCAAUGGCAGUCAACUCGUCGGCACCACUGGCCUCCUUGGUAUUGGUGCCAACCAUCAAGACUAUGCUUCCUUUGGCCAGGCCUACGUUCCCGGCCUGAAAGAUUUCCAAGACGUGACUGUCGGAAAUGGCCCCAACAGCGGCAAUGGUAGCGCUCUUGAAGGCAACCUCGACACCCAGCACAUGGGCGGUAUCAGCCACCCCAACCCUAGCGUUUAUAUUUCCGCUGGUCCGAUUGGUGGAGAUGCCAAGUCGUUCAACGAUGCCAUCAGCAACAUUGCCAGCUACCUCAGCUCCACCUCGAAUCCUCCCUCCGUCGUGUCUACCUCCUAUGGCGGCGAGGAGCAACUCCAAGACGCAAGUUACAUGGACCGCCUCUGUAACGAGUUCAUGAAGAUUGGCUCCCGCGGAAUCACGCUGACUGUCUCGUCUGGUGACCACGGCGUUGGUGGCAACGGCGAAAGCAGCUGCAACCAGGGCUUCUACGCUGUCUGGCCCGCUUCCUGCCCCUGGGUCACUGCUGUCGGUGGUACCCAGUUCAAUGGCAACUCAGAAGAGGUUGCCAACUUUCAGCGACUGAACAAGAAUGUAGAGUCGCCCGGCGGUGGCUACUCAUGGCACUUUAGCGCCCCCGACUACAACAAGGACGCCACAUCCGCAUUUGCGACAGCUAUUCAGAGCCAGGGUUACAAAGGCUACUUCAACGCGAACGGUCGUGGCUAUCCUGACAUCUCUCUUGUCAGUGUUGGCUACUCCACCUAUGUGGACGGCAAGGUGCUAGGUGCUCUGGGUACUUCGGCUUCUUCCCCCGCUAUUGGGGCCCUCGUGGGUGUCUUGAAUGACUACCGCCAAUCUAAGGGCCAGUCUACUCUUGGCUUCAUCAACCCUCUCCUUUACUCUUCCAAUGCUUCGGCUGCCAUACGCGAUGUUACGUCGGGUAACAACUUUGGUUGCGGAACGAAGGGUUAUUACGCCAGUAGCGGCUGGGAUGCGGCGUCUGGCUUAGGAACGCUGGACUUUGGUAAGCUUCGCGCUGUCAUCUAG